UUUUAAUAUUAAUAUUAAUAUUUAAGAUUAUGGAUAACGUAAAUAGAAGUAAAUUACUUCUCUUACGCCCUGACUCAAGGGAAACAGCUCUAAAACGUAUUAACUUAGAUGAAACUCAGUUCAAAGUUCUUGUUGAAAUAUUUAAGAAAUGGGCAGAGCAGCAGCCUCAUUUCAAAAAGAAAGAUUUCAACAAGAAUCACUACGAAAUGUUGCUGUUAAAUGCAAAAGGAUCAGUGGAGCGGGCAAAAAAAAUUGAAGACAAAUAUAACACAUUCAGGUCAUUAAUGCCAGAAUUUUUUUCUUACUGGGACCUCAUAGAUGACUAUAAGAACAUUUUUAAAUUAAUGAUGCCCAUCUUAUUGCCCAAACUUACAAGUGAUCAUCAUAGAGUCUAUGUAGUCAGAAUCAUCGAGGACUUUAGAUCUUCGGAGGUUCAAUUAAAGUCAUGCAAGCUGAAUUUGCUUCAAGCAGACUAUAUGAAAUACUACGAUUUUUCAUCUGGACUUCACAUAAUAAUUGACUGCUUUAAUGUCAACCUACUUGAAGUGUUUCCUAAAAUGGAUGUUAUAUUACUAAAGAAGUUGUUCACAAUAUUGAUGGAAGGGUACGGGAUGAGAGUAUUAGGAAUUUAUUAUUUAACAACGUCAAAACUUAUUGACUCUGUCAUAUCGCUUGUAAAACAAGCAUUGAAACCAAAAGUGGCUAGCCGAAUUUCUGUUCUCAAGACCUACGAAGAUCUAUACAAAUUUGUGGACAGAGAUAUUUUACCUAUUGAGAUGGGAGGAAGUGAAAAAUCUAUUAGUGAAAUACACGAAGACUGGUAUCAAGAAUUUUCUUCAGACGAUUUCAAAGCUUACCUGCAUGAAUUAGAAAAAGUUGGAACUAACGAGGAAUUGAGACCUUCCGAUAAAUUUAAUGAUGAAUAUGCAGGGAUGCCAGGGACUUUCAGAGUUUUGAACGUGGAUUAAAACCAUUUAAGGAUAAUUUGAAAAAUAUGACCUAUUUUCCAUAGGGCUGUUAAAACCAUGGAUAACCAGCAACUUAGAUUGAAGUGAACAAAUUAUAACAGCAAUAUAUUUGUACAUUUUAAUGGCUUUGAGUGUUGUUGGCUCUUUCUAAAUCGGAGCUUCUGUCUCAAUUAUUUAUAUGGAUAAACAAACUGAAAAACAUAUAACGGCCUUACAAUAAACUAGGUAUAUAGUUUACCUUAAAGUUCUACCUGAUAUUAAACCAAAAAUGUGGAAAAAUAUUUACUAAUAGACUUUUGCUUAUGAUUGGUUUAUUCGGACGUAUAACGUUUCCCACGUUUAUUUUGCAUAUUCUUGGAUUAUUCUCAGAUGUAACUUUAUACCAAGGUUAUUGUUAGGCGAUAUAGUCUAAAUUUAAUUUAACUAUAGGAAAUAAAAGGCUCUUAAUUUUAUUUAUAAUUCUUCAUUGGCUAUCUAACUAAAUAUAAUUCAUAAGUAUUUUUUUAAAUAAAAGUGUGACCAAAAGAUAAUAUUA